AGUUACUGCUCAUGAUAUCCUGGAGACAAUAAACUAGGGAGGACCUCGAAAAAGGCCUCGCUCAACCUGGACGACGACAAUCUGCCCGAGAGCAUGCACGACGGGCAACACAUCCCGUACUGGAGGAUGCAACUCCGGAGAUGUAGCUUACAGCAGAGGUGUUGGUCCAAGACAACAUCAUCAAAUCCUAUCAUGUUGGAACACUAAAACAAACGCAAUGACACGCUUCGACUCACAGGACCCAGCAGAAGACUAGAGCGACGGCGAGGAUAUGGAGAUAGCGGAGCUGGCGACUCCGGAAGACCGCCGAAGACAGGACGCUCGCGUCGAGGCCGGGAGACCCCUCCCCGCGGCCGGAACGCAGGAGAUGGACAAGGUGUCCUCCCUGGACACCGCUGGAGGUCUGGAGUGGUACUUUACAACGUCAGACAGUCACAAAAGGAGUCGUUCCCGAUGGAACCGGCCGCCCAGGUCAAGUGGGCAGCAUGGGAUUCGUCCAAGUACUGCUAUGCCAUACUCAAGAUCUUUGAGUGUGUGGUGGCCGGAGAUCGCCUCCUGAUAUAUGUCCAGAGCCCCAUUACGUCCCAGAUCCUUAACGCCCUACUUGUGGUCUGCGGCAUAAGGUCGCUCCAUUAUAUGUCGCGCAACAGUCAGGCAGAACGGGACGCAGCGGUAGAACACUUCAACGAUUCCAGCUCGCCCUACACCGUGCUCAUCACAUCCAUGCAGCUGGCUGCAUUUGGCGUGAACUUCCACAAGGCUUGCCAUCGUGGUCUUAUCAUGGAAAGCGUAUCAAACCUCUCCACCGAAGUCCAGGCAACUGGACGCACAUGGCGAAUCGGACAGAUGUACAAGGUCGUUUGGAAACGACUCAUCUGCGCGGACUACUACGACUGCGAUCGAAGGGUUUGGGUUAGGGCUAGCAUUCUGCUGGAUAACCAGGACCUGGCCAUCAUAUGCCAGGAGCCGGGAAUUGACGUUCGCUCGCUGAGAGUGAAUCCAUACGACCCCAAGAUGGUGGCGAAGCCACCACAGGUGCUAGAUGUCUACAGAAUCGCCCAGUUACUCCAAGGCCCAAUCCACUUCGCCAUGCUUCUAAACGAGUGCGGCACGGGCAAGACCUUCACGGCGGCCCUGGCGAUGUCCUUCCUCAUACAGGACAAGGUGACGGCGGCUCGGGCACGUCCUCCAUCCCUCGCAGAGGGCAAGCGGAUCUUCAAACCUUCGAUCAUGUUCAUACCCGCAGAUUGGCUCUUAGGGUUAGACUUAGUGUCAAGUUACCGAAGAAUUUAUCACAAAAGCCAAAGGAUUGCCCGGAAGCACUUAAUUGACUUCAUUGGUUAAUCCAUGGCCUGACGGAUACAAUUGAUGGGGGUUCUGGCGACCUGUUGCCAAGAGACAAUGGCGUUUAAAUUGGACUCCGACUCUGCUAGGCUUCUUCAAGUCAUACGUAUAGCAAUGCCGAGAUGGGAACUCACAAUGGGCGCUCGAAUGUGUGUUUUAGGAUGAUCGUGGCUGAAUUAGAAAUUUGCAUUUAAUUAUAAAACAAGAUGAG